AUGAUGAUGAUGAUGCGCGUGACGCCACGAGCAGCAGCAGCAGCGGGUGAGCGGAGUAGACGGGAGCCAGGCUGAGGCAGCAGCAGCAGCAGCAUCCGCAGAAGCGGCGCCGCCACAAAGGGAGCUCAGUGCUGCUUCAGACUCGACUCUUCCUCGUUCCUCUUCCUCCUCCUCUUCUUCAGGGUUUGAGAUGCUCCGGCUCGGCGGCAGAAUGUGCGGCUUUUCGGCGCUGCUCUCGGUGCUCCUCGCCGGGCUCGCGGCCGCGUCCUCGGAUCUGUUCGACAACCAACUGGGCGACAUCAAUUACUGCAAAAAGCAAUGCCAGCUCACCAUCAAAAACAAAAGCCCUGCUAAAGUAAGUUAUUCCUGUGCGCCGGAACGGAAGCUGCCUCUGCGGACGCGCGGAUACAUCCAUUUAAACAACUGCACAAAUACAACAAUACAACCUGAUUCAUAGAAGUGUUUAUGUUUAUUGGAGAAAUACAAAAUGAUAUAUGUUUGUUUUUGUUUGAUGCGCAAUGGUGCUCCAAAUUUCUCUGCAUCCUCUUGAUCCUACCGCGCGCAAUUAGGCCAAAAAUGGACGCAGCGGAUUUUCUUGUGCAUCUUAAAGAUCAGUGCAAAAAAAAAAAAAGGUUCUGCAUUGAACCAGCAAAAAAAUCGCCAAUGUGCUUAUUGACCGUGUGGAACCGCAAUUAGGAUCAUUCUAGGCCAAGGCAUGAGCAAUGGAGGAUGAGGAGAGCGUGAAGAUCCAUGAAAACAAUUAUCCUUUAUUGAUAGUUUACACAGCGCCUCCCUUUUUAUUCGCGGCCAGACCAGACCCUAGCAGGAUGGUGGAUUAUUGCUUAAAUUUCACCAAGAGCCAUUAUUGAAGAGCUUUGAAUGUAUCUCCAGCGUCUGAUGUUUUCACCCCCACCACCUCCUCCUCAUCCUCAUCCUCCAUCUCUGCUACCUUCAGGUGUGGUUAAAAAACAUCCUGCAGGACGGCAGGAGCACAGCUGCAGAGCGGUGUGUGCACUCACCUGGAUUCUAAGAUCGUGAUGGAAAACAAGAACAUGUGCAUAUGAGGGAUUAAACGCUUGUGGGUCGAUAUUGGUGUUUUGACUUUAAGGUGCCGUUUGGAGGUUAUGGAUGAUCUCUGCAAACAAGGAAACUCGAGAGGAAGAUGACGAGCACAAAGCUCAAAUAAACCGUCCACGGUCGCAGUCAGGGCUUUUUUUGUGUGUGUCUUUCCUGUUCCCAGAGGGCUCACUAGAGUGUGCUGUUUCCUCAUUUUUGAGCAGAGACUGCUAGAAUUAUGUUAGAGGAAGGCAAAUUGAGUCCACUCUUUUUGUAACCAGUUUUCUCACAAACUUUUUUUCAUCUGUCUCUUUUUAACAUCUCUGACUAUAAUAACAACUAAACCAUGUUAUCAAGAGAUGCCUUAACCCUUCUUUGUCUCUUUCCCUAACAAGGUUAUCCUGUGUUUAUGCUCAUCUCUAAUUCUGUCUUUGUCUGUCUUCCAGGACUCCAUAAUGAACGCCUGCCACCGUGGUUGCCGCCUCUACUCCAUCUGCCAGUUUGUCAAUGGAAAUGCUGGCUUUAAUACCAGCAGAGAGGAGUGUCAGGGAGGUGAGUGGGCCCCUCUAUCAGGCUGUUUGUUUGUUUGUUUGUUUGUAUGCUGGUCUUGCAGGGAUGCUGAGCCAGCAGAGGCCAAAGUUUAAGUAGCAGAAGGCGUCAAUAUGUCACGUCAAAAUGAAAGGCAGUGAAAUAAAUUCUCAUGGGGAAUAAACUAAGAAUGCAGUUAGAAUCAUUUAUAUGUAGCUCAUGCUUCUAUUAUCUGAGCUUAAUUUUUCCUUAAUUGUGUCUAAAAUCAGUAGUUUCUAUUUCUAAAAGAUAAUUCAGGCAGAAAUCAAAAAGAUCCAAAACAUUUCUCUCUUUCUUCUUUAUUUAUCUCAGACUUUAAGAACAACAACAAAAACAACUAGAAACAAAAUCACUGAUCAAAAUAAUACAUAUGUACACCAAACAACUUUACAUGUCAAAGAUAAAUUAACACAACAUAUGUUUGUCAAAAACAAUCAGUUUGAGGAGGAACAGCAUGAAGCAAAAAGGGUAUCUAGUCCUUGCAAAUUAGAGAUUUAAAAAAGAAAAAAUCUAUUUGUAUAAAUUACAAAGAUCUGUAUAAAUACACACAUUUUAUACACAAAGAUACCUGCUCAACACUCAAUAGGUUACUUAUUAUAAUUACUUGCAUAUUAUAAUAAUCAGUUUUAUAAUAUUCAGAAUUAUUAGUAUUUUGCAAUCAAGUAUAUCUAGUAUAAAACCAUAUUUUUUGUUAAUAUACUUAUACGAAUUUUCUAAUACUUCUCUUUAGUUUGAUUUAAAUAUUUUUAUGUUAUUAGACAUUUUUAAAGUGACAUCCAGGCUGUUCCAGAGUUUAACACCACAAACAGAAAUGCACAUACUUUUCAGAGUUGUAUGGACAAUUGGACAAAUAAAUUUAUGUUUCCAUUACAAGACAGAAGACAAUAGCUGUUGCUGCCUAUAACAUAGAUUUCAAGCAGUGGUGCAAGCUUACAUCUCUGCUAAAUACUGCCUCCCGUCCUUGAAGCUGGCGGACUCUAUGGGUAUUUUUGGGCAUUUAAGGCGGCUCCCCUGUUUGAACUGCUGUAUUGGAAAUCAAUGAUUUGAUUUACCAUCCAGACAGCAGAUGCCCUGUCGCUCCCUGUUUUAACAAAGACAGCAUGAAGUGAAUCAUCUCCAUGGGGUCUAACGGAUACAUCUCUCUUGCAUCUUUAUCUUUCUUCUUACAUCAAAAGGAAGCAUGCACUGCCUUUAUUUCCUCAUGCCUCCCACCCAGCUGAUUGUUGUGCUCUCUUCUUCCUCUUUUCCUUUUUUUAACCAUUAUUCUACACCCCCCUACCCCCCACCCGCAGCCUGCCAGGAGGCGUAUAUCAAGCUGCUGGAGCAGGAGGCUUGCAGCACUGGCUGUGCUAGUCAACCCUCUGAACCAGAGAUCAAGAGGAGGAAGGUGAGAAGGCCACUGGCUGUACACACAAAUACAGCAAGCAGAGCUUUUAGUGCCAAAAUGAAAAAAGAAAAUUAGGAACUACUAAGAAUACAUGUGUACACCUUUACAAAAGCAUGUGUGCUCUCUGUUCGGCAGCUCAGAGCCAUGACUCUGCGCCCUAAGCCUCCCUCUGUGAUGGAGGCCGUGUCUAGCUGGUGCAACGACAUUGUUAGCUCCGCCCAGAGCUUCAUCUCCUCCACCUGGACCUUCUACCUGCAGGCUGAUGAUGGCAAGGUUGUAGUUUUCCAGGUAAGGCCCAGCAAAGUGAACAUGCAAACUCUAGUCCAUUCCACUCCAUCCCACAUCCAUUUCUAACUUCGUCUGUUUAAGGUUAAUUUUUUAUUAAUAAAUUGUUAAAGCUGCAUAAUUGAAGCAACAAUAUAUUUUGAAGGAAUAACGAAAAUCUACAAUUUACAGCAUUUUUUGACCUAAACCCAGCUGCUGUAACUUAUGAAACAAUCAACACAGUUUCUGUUUCUGCUGCUGAGAUGAAAAAAAGAGCAAAAAACUCCUCACACAUUCACUUUACUUCUUUCCUAAAAAUGUGAAAAAUAAUAUGUCAAGGAGUUAAUGUACCAACUUGCCCCUGCUCCCAGAAAGAUGGCAGCAAAGUGUACUUUUUAAGCUGAAAUAGACCCCUUUUAGUCUGAUGAGUUUGGGAGUUAUUGAGACAUAACACAUUUAGAAUUUUAUUGAAGAAAGACAAAAUCUAGGACUUUUAGUGUUCUUCUGUGGAGGACAUAUUGCAUGUAAAAUUUCCUUAUUUAAAUCACCACAUAAACACAAUAAUGGCCCCCAAAGUCCUGGCGCUGGAAAUUUUUAUUUAAUACUUGCAGAGCUUUUUAAGUUGUGCGUCUCAAAUGUGGGUUAAAAGCAUGCUCGAGGGCUGCUAUAGAAGAUAAGUUGAGCUAACCUCUGCUUCCUCUUACGACAGAGAAAUAUAUAUCUGCUUGGUUAAGCAUAGCUGUAGAGCUUGGGUCACUGCCAAAACAACUCAGAGCCCAUUCUCCCGUCAGUGCAUCUGCAAAGGUUGAGUGAGCAAGGGCACACAGCAGGAUGGGAACAAGGUGCUUCAAUUCAGCACUUUUAAUUGUCUGUAAAUGUCCUUUUAAAUUUAAUCACAGUUCUCUGUACCAUGCAUGGUUCAUAACCGGCAGGCCCAGCUGUGAGGAACUCAAAUAUGGAUGGAAACAGUAGAUGAUUUGAGUAACAGAGAUGGCUGAGAAGAAUAGUCACGGCUGCUAUCCUUUUACCGCAUUAAAUGAAGCCUAUGUCACGUUAGAUCUGCCUGUUACGUACAGUACAUGCUACUGUUGUCCUCCCUCUUUUGCUGCAAAGCUAUUUUGUGUGUAUUUGCCAUGUGUCUGUUGCUGCUGUUGAUCUGUUUUUGGUACACUAUGAGGGUUAUGUGUACAAAAGGCCAGGACCCAAUAUUGCAGAGACAAAAUCACCAAAAGUUUAACAAAAAUCAACAAGAAAAAACAACAUAAAAUCACCACACAGGGUAAAAAGGCUCAGGAGGCACGGACAGCUACUGAAAACGAAAAAAAAACAAGUGUCAGGAAAAAUUACAGAAAAACUCAAACAACCUCUGACUCUAAAAGUACAACUCAAAUAUUCCACAUGGGGCAAGUAACAAAGGAAUACAAAGUCAACUAGGAAGUUCAACAGAAAACAAAAAACAAACUGAAAAUCACCUCAGAAAAACGCAAGGGAAAAAACUAGAACUGUAAAGUACAAAACAACUGAAACAAAGUGACAAACAAACUUACAAAAGACACGAAGGCAGACUGGAGGCACAAGCAGGAGGACACGAGAGGCACAGAGUGGUUCGGCUCGAGAGGAAGACUGAUAAUCAUCCAGCAAAGAGCAGGACAGGAAUCCGGCUUUUAAAGGCCAGCUGAUGAGCACAAUGAGGUGCAGGUGUGCUCCUGAUCAGCUGAGUCAGCUCUGCCCCCUGCCGUGCGCCAGUGCUGCAGGAAGAGAAAGAGAGAGAGCACACAGACAACCAAAACACAAGGAAACAGCCCCGGAUCAUGACAAUGAGACUAAAGACAGAUUUCCACUUGUGGAUAAUAAACGAAUGAACAAAGUUUCGGUAACUCUUUAUUUGACGCCUAUCUCUAUAACGCAUUAUAAAAAUAUGUAUAAUGUCUUAUAAUCACAUGAUAGCACUGUAUAACUAUAGUUAUAAACACUCAUAAAUGAUCAUCAUGCUUUAUAGCAACAAUCAGAACACAUUAUAAAGCAUUUUAUCAUGACUUGCAAGGUCAGGUAAUAUAACGUGUUAUGAUAAUUGUUAUAAAGCCUUAUGAUUAUAAUUGAGUAUUUAUAAUGAUAGUUAUACAAGUUUAUCAGCAAAUUAUAACACAUCAUAAAUAUAUGUAUAAUGCAUUAUCUGUUGUUAACAGUUAUAGUAAAGUGAAGGUUGCAUCAAGUAAAGUGUUGCCGAAGUUUCAAAUGUAGUUAUUCUUCGGUUUUAAUCCAAAAAUUUGGGUCACCAUAGUGGAAAUGCUGACCCAAACUAAAAUUUGGCAAAUCCAGGUACAGGUGUAGAGGUGGAGUUGAGGUUCUAGUCUGGUUGUUUCGCACACAGCCACAUUACGCCCACUUGUCACACAGUUUGAUCAGGCCCUUUAUUGCGCUUGUUUAUGCAUAAUGAUAACGUUGAAAUGAUUUUUUAAUUCACACAUUCUGCAUUAAGAUGAAGAAUCUGUUUUCAAAUGCUAAAAUGCCCUAAAUUUGCAGUAUGUUUUGAGUCUCAGUGGUGCUGCAGGCUUGCAACUGCAGAUAACAGUCUGUUCUUUCGGAAAAUGAUAACUUAGAUAAAAAAUCUGCUUCUUAACUUGUUGAAAAAAAAGAACAACCAGUUUUUUGUUUUAUUUUGUUUUGCUGGCAUCAGAAACAAUUUAACUGAACUACAGUCUAAAAACAAGCAUUAAAAAAGUUGUUCCCUCUCAUGAAAACAGACCUGACAAAGCUGAAUUUACUUAACAAAAUUAAAUCAUGGUGUUUUGAACUAAGAACUUUUGAACUAAACAGGCACUAAUCUGAGGGAUGUGAUAAACCAAGAAAGUACAUCGGUUCUUUUCAGGAACUAUGCCGCACUGAAAAGGAAGUUUUGGCUGCAAGUCAGUCAGUGCUAUCAAAUAGCUACACUGCAGAUAUGGAGAUGUUUGUAGUCACAUCACAGAGGCACAGCCUGUUGUCCUCAAGAAAUGAUAAGAAAUAAUUGCCAAUGGGUCUGAAAUUAAUGUAUCCUUGAUAAAAUCAAAGUAGUUGAGUUGAAUAUUAAGGCAUGAAGGAAUAACAUAUAGAGGUCAAAUCAGUCAGACACCAGACUGUAAAUAUGUUCGCUUUUAUCGUUGGUUAUUUUAGCACAGAAUCUAACAGAAAUCCUUGACUUUCAGAGACAGCCUCAAGUGGGCACUCGAUAAAACAAGUGCACUUCUCCGGUGGCUGCGUUUCUCAACUGGAGGUUUUGUCCAGCUGCUUAUAAAAAACUAUUCAGAGUUGUUUCGGGAAUUUAAAAGAUGCAUUAAAUGAGGCUGAUAAAUUAAUUGUUUCCAUAAUGCCAUUAUUAAAACCACUAGGCAGAUUUUCUUUAGUCCCUGUUGAUUUAUCUGCUGUUAACCAGCUUUUUUUUCACUUCAAUUUUAUUUUCACACAGGCAAAGACCCAGAUGUAGAAGAAAACAUUUCUACACAUUUAUUUUACUUUGACGGUAAAUCUAGAGGAUUCAAAGUAGACAUCUGCUUACUCAGAGAACUUUCUCUCUGAAUGUACAGCUUGAAACCACCUAUACAUUAAAACUAAAAUAGGAGUUGGUCGACCAGCCAGACCCAACUGUAUCCUCUAAAUCGCAAAAACUGGUCAGAAACCUGCAUCCUCUUCUGGGGUUUUCCUGUUGGUAUAAUGAGGCUUUGAUGGCAUUUUUAGCUACAUAAUUAGAGGCCUCUAUGGGAAUGAUAGUAUUUAUGUGCACCAACCUAUACAGAAAGGCUUCUGUAUAACAGAGGAGUCCUCCUCAUGCUAAAAUUUACCAUUAGUUAUAAAACCUUUUAUACAGACUGGGCUCUGAGAUCCAGCAGCUGCAGAACAUGAAACAUUUCAUAGAGAUUGGGUGAUGGAUGGUUGCUCUUUAUGGCUGUGACGCGCAGGCCGGAGCAGCAUGAGGCUCCACAGGCUGCAAGGAGGGUAUCAGGCCUGUGUUUUGUGGGUAGCUGGCAAACCGCCACCAACUUGACAGAUUGACUCUCAGAGUGAUGAAACAACCGAAAAAGUCAGGGGAGGAAAAUCAGGGCUGCCUCCAAUAUAAAUUGUAAUGAUGUCCAUAAUGAGCAGUCUGUACACAUUCAUCUGUGAGCUCUUGUCUGUUAUUGUGCAACCUCAAGCAGUCAGAAUGACUAGUUAUGUUUACCCUUGAGCAUCUUUAAAACAAUGAAAGCUACCAGGAAUUCAUCAGUGGCUCCAAAUAGUUGAGAUUUGAAGGUGGAGUAAGUCACGCUUAGGUCACGAAUGAGGUUUGUCCUCAGGGGAGGAGAGAAUAAACUUAAGAAAACAUGUAAUUACGAGGGCAUAUUGGUAAAACACAGCCAUUCCCUUUUCACCAUAACCCUGUUAUCUUGACAAAUCAGCCCAUGAUAGUGUGACAGUGUGAGAGUUCAGGACAAAAGUGAGUUGAUUAAAGGCUUCUUCCCCUCUGAGCUGAAGUUCUGCUGGCAAGCCGGCCUGCAGGACAAAUUGAACUUGGUGUUCGGCUGAGUACAAAGAGAGAAAUCCCCGACUCAUUUCUCUUGACAAUUGCAUUAGUCACUCUGCCCAACUGAAUAUUAAAGACACCAAAAUGCUGAAGAGAACAGAGAGAACCAGAGAAAUAACAGUGUUUGAAGGAAGUGUGACUUUUAUUGAUGAUACCGCACCAAAGUGAAAGUCAGCUUCAAUGACUGAUUUAGGAGUAAGAGUAAGAAACUUAUAAUGUGCUGAUAUGUCGACCUGCCGCAGACUAUCAUUUCAGACCAAAAAAUACAUCUUAAACAAGCAAUUUGAUUGAGGUUGGAGAAUUCCUUACAGCAUCAGGGAAAUGUUAACCUGACACACCAGAUUCUGUUUCACGUAACCAUGUCAUGGGAUAUAAUUUAUAUUCAUCAGGGCAACACCACACAGAUGGUGUCUGCGAAGAGAGGAACCUUUCAAAUUAUACUUAGAGGAUGAUUGGCCUUAGGUGCUGUCUGUAGCAUUCAUUAUUGUCCAAAUACAGCAACAAAACUUAGGAUGUAGGCCUGUGUGUAUGUGUGUGUGUGUGUGUGUGAGAGAGAGAGAGAGAGAGAGAGAGAGAGAGAGAGAGAGAGAGAGAGAGAGAGAGAGCUUAACAGGCACUAGUCCUGUAUUCUAGCUGCUGUUUGAAGCCCCCCAGACCCAAAUAGCUGAUCAGGUGGAAGAGCAUGUAUGUUCUGUGUCCAUUUAUGUUAUAAAACAAAAAUUCUGCACUGACAAAUUUCAAAGACCGCUAUACUCAUACUCUGACAAUGGUGUUGGUUGAUAUUUGCUACAUCAGCUUAAUUUCCUGACAGACCAGGCCUUGACUUUAACAGUUGAUUUCUUAUUUUACUAAAUCAUUCAUUUUUCAUGUUUUCUUUCUUUUCCUUUUUUUUUUUGGGGGGGGGGGGUCUUUUUUUCAGUUUUUCUCAUUUUUCUUGUCGAUUUCUUCAUGUCUUUUUUUUAUUUCUUUCCUCAUUCCUUCCCCUCCUUCCUUUCUUCCUUUCCACCAAUCUUUCCUUCCCUCCUUCCUUCCUUCCUUUCUGUCUUUCCUUGUCCUUUCCUUCUUUCUUUUCUGUCCUUCCUUGUCCUUUCCUUCCUUUCCUUAUUUCCUUCCUCUCUCUCUCCCUCCCUUCUGUCUGUCUUUCUUUCUUUCUUUCUUUCUUUCUUUCUGCCUUCCCUUACACCCUACCCGUCAUUCCUUCCUUCCCUUAUUUUCCUUCUCUCCCUUCUUCCUUUCUUUCUCUCACUGCCUUUCUUUCUUUCUUUCUUUCUUUCCUUACACCCUACCCCUCCUUCUUUCCUUCCCUUAUUUCCUUCCUUUCUCCCUCCGUCCCUUGUUUUUCUUUCUGUUUUUCCUUCCUUUCUUUCUUUCCUACUUUCCUCCCCCCUCCCUCCUUUCUUCUCAUCUUUUUUUCUUUCUUGCUUGCUUUCCUUCUCAUCUAGCACCUUUGCAUUCCUUCCCAUAAUGUAUGACAGAUGCAGAUCCGACUGUGCUCGUUCUGAUGGUUUGAUCCCCUCAGUCUGUAGCCAAUCAGAGGCGCUUCUCUCUCCUCAUAUCCUAAACCUUCAGUGUGACUCUGCAUCUGGUUUUAAUGCACUUUGUCAGAAAACUCCACUUGUGCAAUGUGGUAAACCCUGCUGUAAAAUAAUGUUGAACAGAGGAUGCUGAAAAUAUUUUGAAACCCCAACAAACUUGCUCAAUCUCUUCAUGUAUCAAAAGUUUGUUGUUUUGUUUUUCUGGAAUAGGGGAUGGAAAUCGUUCAGUACUAAAGAGAUCAAUGAUUUUUUAAGUUAAUAAUGACAAUGAUUGAAAUGUAAAUGAGUUUUCUGGUUUUAUAAACCUUUGCUUUGUGUGAGACAAAGCAAAAGUUCACUGAUCCACUUAAUCUUUAAAUAAGGGUGACACACCACAAUGGGACAUACUGUACUCCAAAUACGUGUGUGUGUGUGUGUGUGUGUGUGUGUGUGUGUGUUAUUGAGGCUGGGGCCAGCAGUAGUAUUGUUACAGCCAACUACAGCUGCUGUUGUUGGGGGUCAGCAGUGGGGAACCAAAAUCCUCUUUUAAUGAGUUCUCCAAGGGAACCAGAAACACUGCACACAUAAUAAAACAGUGCAAAUACCCACAGCGGGUUCUUUAUGUGUGUGCGUGUGUGUGUGUGUGUGUGUGUGUGUGUGUGUGUGUGUGUGUGUGUGUGUGUGUGUGUGUGUGUGUGUGUGUGUGUGAGUGUGAGUGUAACGUUUAUUAUGGAAGACAUUUUUCAGAGGUUUGUACCAUCUAAAGGUUUCACAAAAGUGUUUUUGUUGACCAAGAAAUUGAGAUGAGAAAUUUUGGGGGUAAAGAUGAAACUUUAGGAAGUGGUAAAAAUAUCUUGAGUUUUUAAAACUAGAUAAAGUAUAUUGACUUAAGAGCAGUUUCUUUGGUGAUCCAGAUUUGACCAAAAUAAUAAAAGGACUUAAAGCAUAUCAAGACAGUCCUGUUUUAAGUAAAUCAAAACAAAAAAUGUCUUCACUGAAACCUUUUAUUCACUACUCUACAGACAUGACAGUGGUGUCAAUUCUCUGUGCUAAAUCUUCACACUAAUGUACCCGACUAUUUCUGUAAAACUACAAAAGUAAGUUUUCAUUAACCCCUCCUCACAUCUCCAAACCUGCUUCUCAUGUCUCUCAUAGUUCAUCCCAGCUUCUCAUCCAACCAUUUUAAUCAAAGUCAUCAAUUCUGCUGGUGACUUAUAGUAAAAUAGCAACUGCUAAUAUCACUGAGCCUUUUUUUGUUUUUGUUUUUUGCUCUAUAGAGCCAGCCAGAGAUGGAGUACUCACUGCCCGAGCUUCAGGCCCCUCGUUCCAACGUGGCUGACAAACCCUGGCCUCAGGUCCACUCUCACACCCAGAGGCCCCAUGGUGAGACAACUGUAUGUGCACAUAUUAUUCCGACCGUUCACAACAGCAUGUGUAUAGAAUAGUCUCAUUUGCUGUUCGAUUUGAUUGUUUGUCAGGUGUGAGGGGACAUGGUGAGAGAGGAGCAUCCAAAGCCGGAGGCAAAGGCAAACACCCCGUGCAGCACACAGAGGAUCCCACAGCAGAGCAUGACUUCCUGGGCUGCAUGUCAAGGUCAGAUGGUGCUUACUUAAAGCUAAGGUUUACUAGUGAAGUGCACUUUUUUUAUUGUGCGAAUCGUUUUAUAUUCAUACCCUGACCCGUCUCCAUGUUAACAUUGCCAAACUUUUAUUCUCCAGACGUUCAGGCCUUCCACGGUGGAUCUUGGCGGCCUGUCUCUUCCUGUCCAUUAUGGUUAUGUUAUGGCUCAGCUGUGCUAGCCUGGUCACUGCACCUGAGCAGCACAUCAAGACACAGGUACAAACACAUACACAUCAGUGUUAAUACAUGGACAUUACGGAGACACAAAGACUUAAAAAACAUGGUUUACACAUUCAAGGCUUAUCUGCCUUAAACGGUUUGGUGACUCUGAAUAUACUUUACAAGCAGAAGUGAGGUGGGGUAGAAAUCUAGUGGGAAAUUGCAACUCGGAAUUUCAAUGUGCUGUUGAGCUAAUACUGUGUUCGAGUUACCGCGGAAGUCAGGUGUCAGAACUGAAAAUGACGUCACACCCGAGUUCCCAGCAUUUCAGUUACCAAGUCAGAAACAAAAGAUUAGGAGGCGGAAACAAGAUGGCUACAUCUACGAAAGUUGUUGUAGCGCUUGCCUUAUAUUUGGACAAGGCAAGCUCUGAAAUAACUUUCAUAGAUGUAGCCAUCUUGUCUCAGGCCUCUGAUUUUGCUUUUCUCCAACUUGGUAACUGAAACUCUGGGAACUUGGGUGCGACGUCAUUUUCAGCUCCGACAUCUGACUUCUGAGGUAACUCGAACGCAGCAUAAGCAGUCCUGUUUUGUGAUGUUUGGAUCCCUUGUAUUUUUGAAGGUACUCCUGCUAGAACUCAUGGCACUUUCUGUUUCUUACUGUUCACACGUUGUCCUACCUGCAGAUACAACAACACCCACAUAAAAAAAAAUCACUUUCUUUUGAAUCCGUCUCAGAGGCAGACACAUUUUUCAGUGUUGUAACAGCCUUUGUCGAAUCUCCCACAUUGAAAUAAAUAGCAAGCCGCUGUAUUAUAGUCAUCCUUUGAGAUGAUUAAAUCACUUCAUAACCAUCUGCUGAGGUAUGAAGUCUCUAGUUUGAGUGACACACAUUGUCUAAACUUGGUUUAUGCAGCUCAGACUCAUUGUGUUGAUCUUGUUUGAAUCAAAGGCUGUGUUGCCAGGGCAACAAUUGUGCACAUCCUCUUCUUCUCUUCCGAUGUUAAAGGGGGCUUUUCAGUGAUAACAGUGCAGGAAAUGUGUUAUGUCAUUAAAAUAAUUAUUGAAUGUCAAAUUCAGAUUUUAGUUUAUCCAAGCUGUCGGAAUAUCAUGUCCCAAUGAGGACAAAGAGACAGAUGAAUUGAAGUCACAUCCAUGUGUGUAACAAAGCAAGAUAGUUAUUUAAUUCAGCGGCACAUCUGAUCUAAACAGGCAAUCAGAAAUGCUGAACAAGCUCAGUUUUUAAAUUUUCUUUUGUAGAAAUAUCCUAGUAAGUUGUGCUGAAAGAUUGCAAAUGUUGGCUCAGUGUGGAUAUUUGCUGUCAUAUUAAAACUAAGAGUUUCCAUUUUUACUUUUAUCUGGAUCUCACUGAAUGCCGAUGUAAAGAUAAGGCAGGUUAUUGUAUCACAGGAAGUCGGAUGUGUGCAGUAAGUGACCUCAUUGUCUGUUUUUCUUCUUUAUUCUCUGUCUUGUUUUAGCUGAGCAUCAACGGGGACAAAGAGUUUCUGGAUAACGCCAUCAAAGUAAAUCCAUACCACUUGAGUCCUGUGAUCGCUGUCGCAGUGAAACAAUCAGAGGAGGGUCAGGAGGCGGGGCCUCUGCCGGUGAAAGUCGACCUGAACAAAACCUGUGUUUAG